CCCUCAUCAUUCCACCCCACACCCCCCCCCCCCUUCCCAAACCCCCCCCCCUCAUUUUCCACAACCCUUCACCCCAUCACACCCCCCCCCCAACCCAACUCCUCAUUCACCCCACUCCACUUCAUUUUUUCAACUUCCCCACCCCCACACCCCCUCACCCCCCCCCUCAUUCACCCUUCACCCCCCCCCCCUUCAUCCACCCCCCCACCCCCACAUUCACCCACCCCCUCUCAUCACCCUCAACCCCCCGCUGAAGAAGAAACUCACGCAAGGAGAUUGCGAGUUUGCGAGCUCUCUGUUGAUGAUAGUGGAGGAUUCCUGUGGUGGUGGUCGUGGAAGCGCGACAUGGAUGAGAAGACGCUCGCACAACGAAGGCUCGCUGAAGAAGAAACUCACGCAAGGAGAUUGCGAGUUUGCGAGCUCUCUGUUGAUGAUAGUGGAGGAUUCCUGUGGUGGUGGUCGUGGAAGCGCGACAUGGAUGAGAAGACGCUCGCACAACGAAGGCUCGUAAUUGAUUAA